UGCAGGACCCCUGCAGUGGUGUUGUCCUUAAUUUUUAAGGCUCAGCCCGUCGAACUCCAGGCACUGCAGUGCCCCGAGGCCCCUCCCAAUCCUGCCUGGAACGUAAACAACGGAAUAACACGUAGCGCAGCCCACUUGCAUCGCGUCUCCCACUGGCACCGCCCUGAGUUUACAUGGCAGGAUCCUUGUUUUGAACAACAAACACCCUUUCAGUUCCUUUACUUCGAUUGCCCUGACAGUUGCGCCUGUGGUUAUUCCAGUCGUCCCUUCCGCUUCUACGCCUUCUACCACGGCGCAAGACUCGUACCAUCAUCCAUUGAUCACUCGCCUUAUCUAAUAACAAGGACAAUCGGUUCGCGUGUGCCAAUCACCCCUAUCGCGAUCUGGUCGGUCCAAGAUGACGCUCAAAGACAUCUACCAACGCUUCCUCGAGCGGCCGAACCCCAUCAACCUCUCCGAGAAUGCGUCGCUGCACUACAUCACGACCUUGACUUCCUUCUCGCAGCCGGGGCCGAUUGUACGGCACCUUGAGUCUCAAAACAGAAACGUGGUCAAGACCAAAAGCGCGAGGAUCAUUUCAGCCGUGGAAGCAUCGAACGCCCUUGCGCUUGAGGUAGAGACAGAGCUGGAGUUCAUUUCGGGUGGAGGAUCAUAUCUACCCGGACUGGAAAAUUUCAUAGUGGACAAGACAGCCACCAUUGCAACGACCCAUAUUGUCUAUUUCGAUGCCGAACAGAAGAUCUCUCAAGUGCGGGUAUCCUGGGACCAGGGCUCGCUCUUGCGGCAGACCGAUGUUAUUGGAUCCCGGGGCAACAACUGGCCUGUCUUUGAUGGCAAGGACCAAAUCAGAUUGAUCAAAACCGGGUAUAGCUCUGCCCCUGCUGCAACAGUCCAAGAAUCGAACAACUCCCCUGUCCGCUCCGAGAAUCACAGUGUCACCUCUCCACGCAGCUCUUCUCCCAGCAAAAGGCACAUCAAGGAUCCUUACGCAAGCCUCGACCUUUUCUCCCCAAAGGCAGCGGAUGAGAACCAACCUCGCGCUGGACCCAAUCCCAUCGCACCACGCGCGUCGGCGAGACCCCCUCCGCGUGAGAUGAGUGAGCUUUUCGCAGCCGGCCAUGAAGACCUUGAACCAGGAUCGCCCAAAAAGGUCCCGCUUGACAAGGCCAUCGCUCCCAAGGCCGGCAGCAGUCAGAAGUUUGCACCACCGCGUCUCUUCUCCGAUGAUCCGCAAGAGCCGGCUGCCGUUGGCUACAAGUCGAACCCCGCCAAGUACAAUCAUUUCGAUCUGGGAGAUGGCAUCGAGGACGACCCGAUGCAGCAUCGCGAGAACACUCCAAAACCCAAGGCAACCAUACCCAUGCGACCCCGAACCGACAAGAAUCAGUCACAAUGGGACUUCGCAGAUUUCACCACUCCAGCCAAGGUCAAUCAGAAAGUCAGAGGGCAAGAAGUGUUGCAUUUUAGCCUAGAAGAUGACAACAAGGACUUCGAGACACCUGCGAAGCCGGCGCAGGGUAAGCAGCGACGGGACAACGAAAGCCACUUUGAAUUCAAGGACGAUGGCACCCCUGUCGAGCGACAUGUUGUGCCGAAGCCUCGAAAGGAUGCCGAACCACAUUUCCAGUUCAAGGACACUGCCACGCCAGCCCCUGCUCGCACCUCCGACCGCCCCACCAGCUCAGCCAGCGACCGGCAGGGCCUGUAUACCAACAACUUGUACACCGACGAUGGCCAGGCUAAUCCUCAGGGCAAAGCGCCUCUGUCGACAAUCACCAACAACACCCACCGUAAGAAUGACUUUGAUAGCCACUGGAGCAUGGCUGAGGAUUCGCCCGCGACUCACAAGGCAAACAACGAGAACCACCCCGCUGGCGACACACAUAAAAAGGCAGUUCAGAUGAUGGACUCUCAUUGGGAUACCUACGAUCAGUCGCCCGACCAAGCUAAGAAGGGGCCACCGCAGGGUCGAUUAAGGAAGGGUAUGGAGAGCCAUUGGAGUUUUGGAGGGGAGGGAGAAGCACCCAGCACCACCAAUGUCAAUAACCGGAAUCAACCUCAGAAGAGUUUCUGGGACUUUUGAGACACGUGGAUGAGUGUUACGGACUGCAAGGAUGUUUUUUCAUGAUCACGUACAGUAUGUGGCUCUUUGCAAGCCAGGAACUUGGACAACCGGACUUCUGUCCUCCUGUAAAGACAUAACGAAUUGGCAUCAGUUUAUCCACUGA